GAAGUUCUAUUUUUUAGUUAAAAAAAAUGCGACUUGCAAAGAGAAAGUUUUUUGAAUUUAGUUGAAAAGAUCUCCGUUCUGAGCGGAUUCGGCACUCAUCGUGUCUUACCUGUCUUGGUUCGAGUUUUCGUUUUUUUUUUUUUUAAUUAAAACGGAAGGCGUUUCUGUGGAAAUAUUAAAAUGUAGCAUUUUUCUGUGAAAAGGUUUCCGCCCGUAGGCUAGGUAGAAGAUAUUAUUUCAAAGUCAAAAGGUCACAGCUUCUGCAAAAUCAUAUUUAAUUCAAAUGUGGACAGAAGAUCGAAUAUGAAACACCUGGCCGAUAAAAAGGAUCCGUUCAUGUUUGCUGUGGUGAGCUUCGAGAUAUGAGUAAAAGCGACCAUACAAGUGCUUUUUGUACAAAUCAUAAUUGAGCUUGAGCAGCAGGUUGGACUAUAACGGCCAAUUUGAAGACGCAUGUAUAGCUGGGAUGAUUUGUGUUGAUUAUACUGCACGACUAAAACUGGUCCGCCGAGAGAAAGAAAAAUUGCUCUAAGAAAUACUUUGUGCAAGGAAGCUGAUAGGAUCGGGGGUAUUUCUUUCAGUGCGCCUUCUGCACUGACUUAUUUCCCCUUCAAAUCGGCGGCCACUAGUUACCUAGUAAGGGGGAUUACCUAGUAGUAUAUUAUGUACACUGCCCGCAAUAGCGUAUCGGGGCCUGUACGGGCGGAUUUGAUCUAUGGUCAUUUUUAAAAAUGAUUUUUGACUAAGUGGGCUCUUAGGACUGAAAUUAAUAAAUUACGUGCGAUAAUUGUUCAAGGAUUAGUCUGCAACGUCUGUAGGCGCACUCGAACCUUUCAAGACGGUUCGAAGAAUACGGUAUUCACGAGUCUGUCCAACCUAUAACCUCGGCUGGAAAUAAAUAAAUCAAUAGAUCUCUAUUCCAAUAAAAGAGAUGUGCUUUUCGCUAUAAUGUAUGUAAUGCGAAAUUCGAAUACGUGUUUUGGUGCACGUAAUUACAAAGGUGCACGCCUAGUAUUAGAACAGUACUAUUUAAAUGCAAAUGGAACGUAAGAUAGAAAGCAAACCUGAAACCGGGCCUGCAACAGGUGAAGCGAGUUUGUCAAUAGCAUUUCCCUAAAAAACACAUAGUCACUGCUUUUGCGUCCGUCUAAAGAUUUUUCAUUAAUUGAUGUAGUUUUCCAACACCAAUGAAAUCUUGUUUGUCUGUCUGUCUGUGCGGUGAUGUUUUAUAUACUCAUAGAUCCAACAUGUAUUUAGGAAAAUAUGAAUUAUGCAGUGUCAACAAGUAUAUCCAUUCCUUGAGCACCGAUUCUUAUUAACAACAUUUAUCAAGGAGUGCGGCAAUGAUCGACUCCCCGCUUCUAUACGAGGAUUAUGGAAUCGAAGUGGUACUCUACAAACAGCCAAAAUUGGCAAGGAAACCAAAGUCUUCAACGCGAGCUCUGUGUACUCAACCUACUAAGAGUGACGAUAGCAACUUUAAGAAACAAAAUAACCUCCUUAGCGUUUCUUAUUUGCGUGGUAUGCCCACAAUCAUAGUUCCACUUCCUAGUCGAGGAGAGCGAUGCCGGUUUACAUUGCGACCCCUUGGAAAUACCCUUCAAGACCUCUGCGAUUCUGUGCAGUCGGAAGAUCGAGGCGUGGACUAUAUGGUUGCACACACGCUUGACGGAUGCCGAAUUUCUGGGACGACCUCAAUAGAAUCGCUUUUUCAAGAGCCAUUCAAGCUGACGCUUAACAAAGACACCUAUACGGUCGAACCGCCUGAGAUAACGACGAUUCACGGUCUCCAGCAGACUGGUGGCAAGGACGGAUAUGAGAAAGAAGUUACGUCAGAACAUGCUGAAUCACUGGCCGAUGUGAAGAUCCUGGUCAAUCGUCUUUACGAAAGCCUCACAGUAUCCGAGCAUCAGUUAGAACAAGAACGAAAGAUACUUGCAAAGAUCGAACAGAUUCAAGGAGAGAUGGAGCCUUUAGAGAAGCUUAAAAACGAAAUCGCACGUUCAUCGCAACGCCGAACUACAAUCCUUGGCUGGAUGGGAUUGGGCCUUAUGAGUGUUCAAUUCGGGGUACUUGCUCGCCUUACCUGGUGGGAGUAUUCUUGGGAUAUUAUGGAACCUGUUACCUAUUUCGUCACUUACGGUACAAGCAUGGCCGCGUAUGCAUACUUCAUGGUAACGAAGCAGGAUUACUAUUUACCUGACGUUAGGGACCGGGAGUUCCUUAAGGCAUUCUGGAAAGGAGCGUCAAAACGCGGUCUUCAAUUGUCCCGCUAUAACGAGCUGCGUGAUUCGCUAGCCGAGUGUCAAGAGGAAUUGCGUCGUUUGCGUGACCCCUUGCAGAAGCAUUUGCCCCUUAGAGAGAUAUGUGACGACUGUGUGCAUCACAAGGAGCUCGAGGAGAGGCGAAGGAAGGAUGAAUUCUAGUUAUUAAGUCGAAAAAAACACUAACGAGAUGGUUGACAUUCGCGUACAUCUAAAUAACCAGAUACGAUGACGACAACGACAACAACAAUAACAACAACAUAAAUAGCGACGAUAACAACAAACGCUAUAAACAACAACAUCAACAAAGUGUUACAUUCAGCCAUUCAUCAUGUCAUAAGUUCAUUAUUCGAACGUAAUGAUCGUAUCCAGUGAGGCCGGAAAGCUAUUCAAUGACACGAUUAGAUCCGACGAUGGAGAAGAGACAACUUUAGUUGAUAUUGGGAUGUAAAAGUGGUGGAGCAACGUUUAGGCGAUGGAAGAAUGUAUUGGUCUUUGAAACGUUAACAUAGCCGAAAACAGCAAAUACAAUCUUAACAGGUAGCAGUUGCUCAAUAUAAUGGUUACGAUACACUACUGAUCCACUAGACAAACUGGCAACAGACACCUCAGAGAUUGACCAACAAAUGAGAACAGAUGCUUUCAUUGUGAUCUAAGCUUACUACCUAUCUACCUUUUCUCCAUAUUAUUAUUAUUAAGCCAGAAAUCUAGCCAAAGCUUUGUUUAUGCUACACAUAUAUUGAGCGAAAUACAAGACCCUUUCUAAGCUGUAUUGGUUCGAUAAGAAACAGAGUGGGCUGAUCUGUUUGAUUCACAAAUGUAUUCAUUAGUUACCAGCUACGCUAUCUUGGCUGGUUCUUUUAUCAGGGUAAAGCGGCGCCACCAGGAAAAUUUCGUUCGUGUCCAGUUAAUUCAAACAAUUGUGGGUUUUGUCUAAAGUAAAUCUGGCAUUUACCAGAAAUUGCUAGAAAUCUAGAAAAAAAAUAUCUGAAAAAAAAAUUAAUUCUAAGGUAAUUAACUGCGAUGUCCUUUCAUAAACAUCCGACGAGACCUACAAAGACCUAAUUAUUAAUCGAUAAUAUAUAAAAUUAUUGCAUUGCUGUUAGCCGACAAUUAAAAUCAUUUACACGUCACAACCGAGAACUGCUGGUACAUAACUGCUUGGAGCAAGCUUUUGUGCUUGGAUCCAUGCCCUCAUCUGACGGUAGGCUGUCGGUACUUAUCUGUGAUUGAAUUUCCAUUUAUCUAUAUCUUCAUUAUCAUUAUAAGAAACUCAAUCCGAAACUUGCAGCAGUGCGACGGAAGCAUUUAGCCGGCCAAUCGAGCGUUUAACAGGCGAAUGAAUCCGACUUGAUAAUGCCGAAUUCUAGUCAUUUCAUGAUCUUCACGUUAAACAACUGCGUUAACAGCAACAACAAAAAUUAACACUACAAUAUGAACAUUAGAGAGAGAAGCUAGAAAAACUUCGCUUAUUUUUCUUCUUAAAUAUCCUUACUCGCUCAGUUUUUUUCUUUGUAGUUGUUUCCAUUUUUUUGACGUAUCCAUUAAGACGAUGUUGUCCAUACAUUACAAUAUUCACGAGAUUUAUUUGCGCAGAUAUUAAUUAACGUAUUACUGUUAAUAUACAUUAACAUUAAUGUAUCAAUGCUAUUCUGAUAAGAGCCUAUGUUUGUUGGGGUUAACAGUCUGCCUUACUUACUUACUCGCUACCGAUGUACAGAUAAGUUAACUAUUUACGACAUCCACGUGCAGUAUGACGUGAAGUCAUUUUACUUGUAUCUGUUACUGAAGUACUUACAUCGAUUCAGCAAUGUGCUAAUGCUGAAAUUUCACUUUGUGAAACCGCUUAUUCGUUAUUAGUUGCCCUGCAAUGGCAACGUUAACUUUUACCGAACAAGCACAGUUCAUGUUAGACAACUGGCACGGCAUUGUAUAAAGGGUUAGAACCAAACUAGUCGAAAGUGAGCAAGCAAGAAACUGAAUGGCUAUUUUCCGCUUAAAUCAACCUCCCUCUUAAUAGUCGCCAGGCAACACUUUAUGGUGGUGAUUAUAAUCUCCAAGCCGAUGGAAAACAAAAACUUGUACUAAAAAAAAUCAUUAUUUUUUAAUUCCAAAAUAGAAAGCAUAUUGAUUCUAUAAAAACGACGUUUCCAUUAAUUCUGCCCAAAAUGCUGAACCGAUUGUCAACUAGAAGCAUGACAUUGAUCUUCGUUAUUAGCGGGCGAUCUCUGGUACGUCGCAAACGCAAAUUGCAAGCUAUGUUUUUUGUUCGUACGAGACGAAUCUCAGUGCUGUCAAAUACAGAUUAAUUUUUAUUGCUGUGAUUGAGUUGGGCUUCGGUUUAUUUUGGUUUCGACUAUAGUUUGUAAAUAAUGAUAAGCAAAAUUCUGGUUAUAUAUACAGAUAUACAUUCUACAGAUAUAGUACUUCGGCGUUGUAUCGAUGUGCCGACUGGCCCUUGGCCACUAUUAUUGUAUGCACACGUUGAAUAAGAUCUGCAAAUGCUGCCACGAAGAAGCAAAUCUCUCUAACGUAAAUGCCUCCCUUGGCAGAUGACCGCAAUAGUUGCAAGGGGCGAAGUUCAUGACUAUGUCUAGCGGAGCCAGUUUCGCUACCACCGCUACGACUUUUAUUACUAUUACUAGGGCAAAAAGCAAUAGUUGCGAACACUGUGUAACCAUCGCUUAUUAAGAACGUCAAUGAUAAAUUAGCUAGAAUCAACCUUUUCGGCCAGUCAAUCUAUUAAGUGACCCAACUAACUUUGAUAAUACGAACAUUAACUCUUCUUCUUCCCUACCAAUGUAAACCAGCCGAUCAAUCGACUUUCCUUCUCAUCAACAGUUAACCAACUUCCGACCACUCGACACGUAUUCAAAGGAGACUACAAGCUAUCGUGAGAAUACAGACAGACAUAUAAUUUCCUGUCCCAGUUAAUCUGCUUGUAGCCUUUCAACUAGCUGGUGCCAAUAUACGCCAGUCAUAUUUACCUUCAAGCAAAAAUAGAGAUCAAGAGAGGACGAUGAGGACAACGAUGUCAAUAAAAUCGGAAAGUAGAUACCGAUUAACUUAUGUGAUUUGAAACUAAAUACAGAUAACGCAAUUACGGUUAUAUACAGCGCGAACGAUGUCGAGAGCAUUGUCACUAACAUGGCCGUGAAGGCUGAAGGCUUAUUCCGUCACAAAUAAAGCGACAAAAUAAUUUAGAACGAUAAAAAAUGAAUGUGCGUUUAUGCUUCAACCAAUAAGACCGUUGAUUUUUGAUAGUUUGUGGAUGUUCUCGUGAUAUAUUAAUAGAUAAGGUAUUUGCCUACUAAUUUUAGCUACGCAUGGUGAUUGAAAUUUGAAUCUGGACAUAGAAACACUCCGUGUCGUAGGAACCAGCCGUCUGAUGGAGUGUCUAAUGGCAGUGUUGAACGUAACAGCUCGACACUUUUAGUUUACAUACUUUGCAAAUACGCUGGUGUGUACCGUGUUUGUCUGCUAAAUUUCAGACACAAAUGAUGAUUAGUGCACGUAUCUGAGCGUUGAGACACUUCAUUUCCGAGAACCAGCUACCCGAUAGGAUGCAUAACGGCAUUAAAGUUCGAAACCUUAGAUUAUUUUGGAAGGUUAGGACGGAUUCGAAGGCGAAGUAUACAUUAGUCAUAAGACGCAGUGCUGUAUAUCUAGCAGCUGAGAAAAUCGUUUUUUUUAAGAUGGAAAGGUUUACGCACUUGGAAAAAUAGCAGAUAGGGACGACAUAAACGAAAGGUAUUAUUUCCGUAAACGCGUUUUCAAAUGAUAUCGGCGAAAGUUUGACCGGCAAUAUUGUAAAACAAGGAAGGGUAAAUCUAUUAAAAAUAAACUUCUUAAGCAGUAUAACUUUUCGGCUUGAAACCUUCUUACGUAUGCUAAUCUUAUAAGAAGAAACCCUAUCUUCAUAAUUCUUUAUUUUAUAUAAAAAGCAAAACAUCCUCAAUUAUUUUCUUCUUUGAACUCAUAAAUAAUGUUUCCUUGUCAUUAUCAUAGGCGCAUUUUGCGUACAUAUGCCUGUCUUCACAAGAAUUCCUUUGCUUUUAAAAUGGUGUUGUUUUUGUUGCAAAAACUGAAUUUAAUUGCACUUUGUGAUAAUAUUCUAACAUCUAGAAUAUAUUACUUCGCAAAAGUUUAUUCACACUUUUUUAACUAAUUAACAGUAGUUAGGGUUUAACAGUCCUAAAAUAAAGCAGAUUUGUUUAAUCAAAGAUUCGCUGGUUAGUUUUAUUAGGCAUAAAAUGAUUGUCGAUACUGGAAACUUUGCCCAUCGCAUGCUCAUUUUGAAAGUUUUUUUUUAGGGGUUAGAAGUUAUUAAAAGUUACAUUAUCGCUGGUCACUAUUCCGUAUACGAGCUGUAACGAGCUUAGAGGAACCCAUUGUCGCUGCAGUGUUAUUGAGACUACAACCCGUUCGCACUAACACUAUGAAAUUACCUGGAAAAGAAAACUGGCCACCUUACCUUACGCACGAAGAACAAUCGACGAAUGAUGGAUACUUACAUCAUGUACAUAUGUACUGUCUAUUAUUACCUAGGGAACACCAACGUACUAAAGAAUGAUAAACACAAAACUGUACAUUUUAUAUGAAUUUUCGCAAACGAUAUAUUUCCUUUUUUCGGUUCAUUUUAGUUCCAUUUUACUGUUGUUGUGUACGUGCAGCACCACCACCGUCGCUAACACCCCUACAUAAAUCUCACAUUGUUGUCGUCUACAUAUAUAUAUAUAUAUAUAUAUAUAUAUAUAUAUAUAUAUAUAUAUAUAUAUAUAUUUGUGAGCCAUAAAUAGAAUGUAUAUGUGAAUGUAAAUACAUUCUGUACAGAGCUGCAAGUUUAUGGCGCAGGUUAAGGAGGUUCAUCCUUAAUUCAUAGGGCAGUAAGAGAAUACUUGCUAUAUUAUGUGAGUAAUUCUUCCACAUUUCAAUUCAUUUCGUUUCAUUUUGGACCGAACAAUUGAUCAAAUAGGGCGUUGUUUUUCAUUUAUUAUACAGUAUUUAUAACAACAACAACAAUAAUAAUAAUAAUAAAAUAGACCCUAACUGUAUGAGUUCGAUAGUAGUUCUAAUGCUGCCUACUACAGUGCGGCUCCUUCGUUCGUUAUAACGUAUUUUUAUUUUGUUCUAUAGCA